AUGUCAGUCAGCCCAACCAAUAGCCCAACCAAGCGCUUGCAGACCUUGAAGGAUUUGCUUGAAAAGAAGCUCAUAAAUCAAACGCAAUUCGACGAAGCCCAGAAGAAGAUUCUCGAUGAACUAACCAAUCCUCCCCAAGCACGACAAACAGGUACAACUGGACCUCACUCAAUUCUUCCAAAUGGAUACUUCACUGGACAAACUGGACCUUAUUUAUCCGCAGUAGAGACUGAGAACUUGUCAUUUUGGGUUGCACUCCAGACGUGUGUUGUUGAUCCAAAAUCAAAGGUUCUCACACUCCCGAGUGAUCUGCAUUUCUUGGGCAAUCCUUCCAAGAGAUCAUCCCUCUAUGUGAGAGAUUGCUAUGAGGAAAUAAAGAGUUUGAUCUUUGCCCAAUUUGAUCGAUACGAAGGCAUAAACAUAACCAACGCGACACACAGCUCCGCCUCUGCGCCACCACAACAACCAUUUUACAGCUCGUACGUUGUGAUUGGCAACCCCGGCAUUGGAAAGUCAUGCUUCCUCUACUACCUGAUGGCGGAGAUCGCAAAGAAGAAGGAAACAAUGGUCAUCCACUCCAUUCAUUCAAACGAUGAACAUUCCUACUAUCUAUACGGCUACGAUUUGAAUGGUUCUCCUAUUCUCAAGCACGGUCCCAAGGCACUGGUUGUCCCCUACCUGACCAAGAAGUCUACAUACUUUUUGGUCGACAGCAAGAAGGAGUCCAAUGUCGCCGCCAAGACCAUCAUUGUAUCUUCACCCGAUCCAACCCAGUAUAAGGAAUUCCUCAAGAACGAUCGCACCGCUCGCAUGUAUAUGCCCCCAUGGGAGAAGGAUGAAGUCGACCAUGUCAGACCCCUAUUGUAUCCUCAGGUGACUCAGGCAACCCUCGACGAUCUCUGGUCAAAGUGGGGAGGUAUUCCACGAUUCAUCUUGGAGAAGGCUGAUAAUCCAGCUUUCCAACACUCUCUUGAGCAGGUUAUUCCUACACUUAACCUUGACGAUUGCUUGAAGUGUAUCGGCGAAGAAGACCCACAAGCACCAGGCAGCCACAAGAUUAUUCAAAUCAUCCCAAUCGACGUCGUUGGCAUUCCAAAAUAUGGUGCCAUGGAGUUACGAUUCUCAUCCAAGUACGUUGCCAAUGUCGCAGUUCAAGCGAUCGAGGCCAAUAACAUGCAACAAGUCAUUGCAAACCUGGCAGUGCCGAGGUUCCUUCACUCUCCACUUGGUGGAUCAUUCCUUGAGGCAGCAGUGCAUCGAAAGUUGAAACAACAUGGAGGGACUUUCCAAAGAAGAGCUCUCAAGACCAACAUUAUGGACACCAUUACCUUCCCCAAACCAUCAUCAUCAUUGGUUAUCAAGUCUAUCUCUGAUAUUGGACCAGCUCUUGGCAAUGUUUAUCUUGUCCCAAGCUUCUCCAACUUUCCAGCCAUCGACAGCUUGAUCAAACCGAAUCAGUUGUUUCAAGUAACAGUUUCGCCAGAUCAUCCACCUCUGAUGAAGGAGCUGUCCAGCAUUGUCGAUCAACUUGGAGGAACUGUGGCAAACGUGGAACUAUAUUUCGUUCUUCCCCCUGAUCAGUUUUAUACCUUCAAGGAACAACAUUAUCUCACAUCUACAAAGAGCAAAGCCGUCAAAUUGACAGCUCAGGUCAAGAAGAUCUCCCAAUAUGCCUUGCUCUUUGAUUUGAAAUAA